GCGUCUCGUUUGCUGUUGGUAAAGGAGCGAUUGAACGCACUUAUUAAGAACACGCAUCGUAAGCACUUCAUAAGGUCAGAAUGCAGAUCUUUGUAAAAACCCUGACUGGCAAGACCAUUACCCUUGAGGUAGAGCCAAGUGACACUAUUGAGAAUGUCAAAGCAAAGAUCCAAGACAAAGAAGGCAUUCCUCCAGACCAGCAGAGGUUGAUUUUUGCUGGCAAGCAGCUGGAAGAUGGGCGAACCCUUUCUGACUACAAUAUCCAGAAAGAAUCCACCCUUCAUCUUGUACUUCGUCUCAGGGGUGGCAUGCAGAUCUUUGUAAAAACCCUGACUGGCAAGACCAUUACCCUUGAGGUAGAGCCAAGUGACACUAUUGAGAAUGUCAAAGCAAAGAUCCAAGACAAAGAAGGCAUUCCUCCAGACCAGCAGAGGUUGAUCUUUGCCGGCAAGCAGCUGGAAGAUGGGCGAACCCUUUCUGACUACAAUAUCCAGAAAGAAUCCACCCUUCAUCUUGUACUUCGUCUCAGGGGUGGCAUGCAGAUCUUUGUAAAAACCCUGACUGGCAAGACCAUUACCCUUGAGGUAGAGCCAAGUGACACUAUUGAGAAUGUCAAAGCAAAGAUCCAAGACAAAGAAGGCAUUCCUCCAGACCAGCAGAGGUUGAUCUUUGCUGGCAAGCAGCUGGAAGAUGGGCGAACCCUUUCUGACUACAAUAUCCAGAAAGAAUCCACCCUUCAUCUUGUACUUCGUCUCAGGGGUGGCAUGCAGAUCUUUGUAAAAACCCUGACUGGCAAGACCAUUACCCUUGAGGUAGAGCCAAGUGACACUAUUGAGAAUGUCAAAGCAAAGAUCCAAGACAAAGAAGGCAUUCCUCCAGACCAGCAGAGGUUGAUCUUUGCCGGCAAGCAGCUGGAAGAUGGGCGAACACUUUCUGACUACAAUAUCCAGAAAGAAUCCACCCUUCAUCUUGUACUUCGUCUCAGGGGUGGCAUGCAGAUCUUUGUAAAAACCCUGACUGGCAAGACCAUUACCCUUGAGGUAGAGCCAAGUGAUACCAUAGAGAAUGUCAAAGCAAAGAUCCAAGACAAAGAAGGCAUUCCUCCAGACCAGCAGAGGUUGAUCUUUGCCGGCAAGCAGCUGGAAGAUGGGCGAACCCUUUCUGACUACAAUAUCCAGAAAGAGUCUACCCUGCAUCUUGUACUUCGUCUGAGGGGUGG